AUGAACUAACCUUCAAACAUCAAUUUUACUGCCAUCUCGUAAUGUAAUUAAGGAACCGAAAUGAGUGACAUGGUACAGUUUCAGAUGUAUGAAAUUGAAGUUACAUUUUCAAAAAUAUAAAAUUGAAAUUAAUGACAACAUGAUUUCUGUUAUCGCCUUGUAACUUACAGUGUUGGAAUGAGAGUAAUUCCUUUACGUAACGAGAGAAUUCAGUCGUAAUAUUUUUAGUUCGUUUGCUUAUAACCACCACAUAACCGAAGCAUUUCAAGUCUUAAUGGUCUUAAUCGAGUUUGUUGUCAAUGUUAAAUCGUUGUGUUAUGGUGGCAGGGACAUUAUGUAGUGAAAAGAAAAGUAAAUUGUAUUGUAUUACCAGUUGUUGAGUAUAAAUAGGCUAUUGUGUGGAAUACUGAAAAAGAUUCUUUUUGCUCUAUAGUUAAGAAGUACGUGAUUUAUUUGUGCCACUAUAUAUAGAAUAGUGGUGUUUAGAGAUUGUUGGUUAACAUGAAGUAUGUGCGUGUGUCUUGCAAAGGAGAUAGCUUACUUUGAACUCCAAUAAUGGAUGUGGCAGAAUCAGACGCUGAUGGGAAUUUAAAUAAUGAGAAGGAAGGUGAAGUGUCAUCAACAUGCAGUGAUAGUCUUCCAGCCAGUGCUCCUACAACUAGCCUUGCAGAAAUUAUAGGUGACUGCGAUGCUCCCUCUUCUUUAAUACAAGAAGAAAUUGUUCAUUCUGAUUCACCUGAUACAUCAGGAGAGAUGCGUGUUAGAUCAGAGGCUGAACAGAGUUUGUUGAGUGAUGAUACAGAACAUGUUGCUACAGUACAGAGUCUAAAUACUGCUGCUGUAGAACAAGAAAACCUUCAAGGUGUAGAUGCAGAAAUGUUUCAGCACUUACCAGAUGAAAGUAUAGAGUUGCUUCAUAUUAGUGAAGAUAGUGAAAUUGUCCUACUUGAUGAGAAUGUUGUAAUUUCAACAACAUCAGAACCUACAACUUUUAUAAUGUCAUAUGAAAACCAAGAAGAAAUGCAAGGUGCAGAAAUGUCUACCACUAAUAAUAAGGGGUUCCAGUUGGCGAUUCCACAGUCAGUAAAUGUUUCGUCUGCAAAAACCUCAGACAUUGUUGAAGCAGGUGAUGUCGUAUGUAAUAAAACAAGAAUGUACACUUGGAAUCCUGACAGCACAACUGUUGAGACUACAGAAGAAAGUAGUGAUAAAAAUGAAAUCAUAUCUUUUACUGAAGAAGAAGUUUCAACAACAGAAGAGGAUGUAGGAAGUGUAAUUUCAACAAGCAAUGUUGUCACACCUGUGAGUGCAUCAGGAGAAAAUACACCAGUUCCCAGUAUCACAAAGGCAAAAUCUGUUUCAGGAGCACGUACUCAAGACAUUGUCCAAGACAUGGAAACCUCUCAGAGCCACAUAGAAGGUUCUGUACUGAAUGAAACUGCACCACAGAAUUCAGGUAUUUCUACUACUAGUAUGAAGGAUAUUUCUCGGCGAAAAAGGAGAUGGGACCAGGUUAAGUUUGUUAUGGAAACUAGUGCCACUGAACAAGCAGGUUCUGACUUUCAAGCUUCAGGUCCAGAGAGACAGAUAUUUAAUAUUUUGUCUCAACCUUCCACCAGCAAACAAGAAUCUCAUGUUACUGUUCCUGAACAGUCUGUGUGUACUUCCAAAAAACCCAAAGAAAAUAAUUCUUUGCCAAACCAAAUACAAGACUGUGUGUCAUCCAGCAAAGAUGUAGACAUUGUGACUGAACUGUCAGCAUCCGCAGAUAUUUUGACAGGACAUCAGGAGAGUGAUAUAGACACAACAACAAAUGUUCAUACAGUGCCACAGUUGUAUUCUGCUCUUGAUUUAAUUAAAUCAAAUUACUGCUCACCUUUUGAUGAUGAAAUUCCUUCUCCAGGCUCUUCCACUCAUGAAGACCAGAAACAUAUUCAUGAUUCUACAAAAGAAACAGAUGAAUGUAUUACUAGUAAUACUUCUUUAAAUGAUAGUUUAAAAAUACUUACUAAAGACCAAAGUAGCAACUCAGCAUCUUCAGAAGGUCAAACGAAAAAAGUAAUUUCAAGUUCUGUUACAAGAGAUGAAAAUUUGGAAGGCAAAACUUCUGAAAAUAAAUUAAAAGGGAAUGUUAAAAUUUCUGCAUCUUCACCUGGUCUCUCUAAAGAAAGCAAAGAAAAAAAGGAAGUAGUGGUGUUGGAAAAGACAUCAGCAGCUGCAGGAAGUAACUUGCACCAGCCUACUGCUUCUGUGGGGCAGGCAGACACUGUGUUAAGUACAGUAAGUACCAGAACAACUGUGAAACAUUAUGCAAGACAGCAGACCUCAUUAGCUAAACAGAUAGCUACAAGCUGUGGAAAGUCAUCUGUAGAUUCAAGAACAAAUUUAGUAGAUGUGAAGGAAAUUAUCUCCUCAAACAAAAAUUCUUCAGUACUAGUAGCAGCAGAAGAACGUGCAGAUGUUGGUUGUCUUAUGGUUACAGAACCAGUCACAAGGCAGAAAGAUUCAUCUGCUGUAACAGAUGUAUCUGCAAUAAAACAAGAACCAUCUGGUGUCACAGAAGCAAGUGCAGGAAUACAAUCUUCAUAUGUUACAAAAUUACCAACAUCAGGAAAAGAACCUCUUACUGUUAUCACAGAAACUCUACUUACCACAGAAGAAUCAUCAAUUGUCACAAAAUCAGCAUUAUCCCAAGAAAAGUCUUCAGUUCUUGUUGAAACAUCAACAGGAACAGAUUCUGUAGAUGACAUAAAAGCACCAAUAUCAGGGCAGCAAUGUUUGAUUCUUAUGGAUGUUCUAACAGGAAAAGACAGUGAAAAACAAAUGAAAGAGAAAGAUCCUGUUGUCACUAUUGAAACAUCAGUAAAAGGAACGGAAACUGUGGUUUGUAUGACAGAAGGGCAGAAAGUAAAAGAAAAACCAGACGAUGGUAGGAAAGUUUCAACAGAAGAACAGGAAUUUUCAGUUCUUGGUACAAAACUAUAUGUGAUAGGUGAAGAAACUUCAGUUGCUGAACAAAUGCCAAUGAAGGAGAAAAAGAAUGCACAUUCUACCACUUUAACACUAGUGAAAGAAGAGGAUGCUUCAUUUGUUGACACAAAAUUAACACCCAUGGGGAUGGAAGAAGCUUCUGAGAAUAAACAUCCUUCGGUAAAAGUGAAAGAGUGUCCAGCCAAUGAUGAAAAGAUCUGUGGUAUACUGAGAGGAACUUCAGGAAUUGACUUGCACAGGCCCAAAACAGAAACUGAAAUAUCAGUCAGGCAAACAAAAAUGAAGGAAAGUGAAUCUUCACCCACUCAUUUUGAAGUAAAGGAAACUUCAGCUGCAUCAAGGUCAGGGGAGGAAUCUUUGGUUUCUGAUGCACAAGCAACUUUGACAGGUAAUAAGCAACUACCAGAUAAGGAGGAGCACACUGAAAUUAUUCAUGAAUCUUCUAAAAAAAUGGGAAUUAUUUCUUCUGAAACACAAAUCUUGAUUAAGGAAGAGGGCAUUGAUGUGACUAAAACAAGAAUGUCAACAGAAAAUGAAGGUAUUUCAUAUAUUGGUCCACAAUUUCUGGAAAGAGGCAAAGAUAUUUCAAGCUUAGAAGAACAAGUAAAGGAGAAAGAAACUUCAACUGAAGCAAGAAAACAUAUUGCACUUACUGCUGUGCAGAUGCCGGUAAUAAAAGAGGAAACCAAUAUUACUGACACUCAUACACGGAAAAAAGAUAUGUCCCUUGGCAGCCCAGAAGCACUAGAGAAAGACUGUGAAAAUGUAAUGGAGGUUCCAGAAGUAAAUACUGUUACAGCUGAUCAGAUGCUAUCAAGAAAUAAGGACAAAGAAAUUAUUAGAAAAAGAUUAGCCGAAGUAAUAGCUAGGCAGAAAGUUCCAACAGAUUCUAAUAGCUGUGGGCCAGGGACAACUGCUAUGAAGACACAGACUGUAACAGAUAAAGAAUUUCCAGUUUUAGCUGAAAAUCUAGCAGCUGCAAUGAAAGAGACAAUCAAAAAGGCAAUUUCAAGGAUGCCAGAAAAGUCGUACUCGGAAACAGUAGCCCCUGAGCACACUUCAGCAGCAGAUAUGCUCUUACCAUUAGAAGCAGACGUUGCAGUAAUGCAGGAAGCAGCUUCAUCAGCAUCAACAAUAUUAUCCACUGAAUCAAACAAAGAAACAACAGACAUAUCUCUUAUUGAAGGUUUGGCAAAAAUGACAGAAUAUCCUACUGUUGAAGAAAACCUUACAUCAGUUACUAGAAAACCUCCCCUUUCUCUUAAUCUUUCAGCAAAGACUGAGGAUCCAUUGCAUAAAAUAGGUACAUCAACUACAACAGAUUCUAACCUGACAGAGAUUUCAGUGUAUGCAAAAGAGGCAGUAUCAAAAGCAGAAACUUCAUCAACCAAACAAACAAUUUUUAAACAUGACAGUACCGUAACUGAAAAUUUGAUUUUAUCAGAAGAUGUAGGUAAAGGAGAGAAAAUGCCAAGGAAAAAUCUUGCAGUUGAAGGUAAUACAGGAUCAUCACGGAAAGAAAGACAGAAGUUGACUGAAAGUUCAGGUGCAGUUACUAAUGAAGGACUGAAGCCAUCUGUGUCACCUGCAACCAAACAGAGGGUUAAACUGGUCCGUCCUGUCUUAUCAAGGCCAAAGGAAGUGAGUAAACCUGAACAUUCCUCAUCAUUGGCACCUACAGAAGUGACAAAACCAGGCCCUUUAAGCUCUCCAACAUUUAAAAAUACUGUCACAGAGAUUGCCAUGAGUUCAUCCCAAAAGGAAUGUAAACAAAUUAAAAUGCCAGACACUGUCCACAGUGUAUCAUCAACAGAAAGAAUUAAGACUCCUGCAGGGGAACUUAAAGAAGAAAACCUUCCAAGUAAAGCUCUCUUAAAAGAAUAUGAGCAGUCUGAAUUCCCAACAGUUACUGAGUCAAAAGAGAUUGAGCAUCUGGACAUAGCUACUAAAAUCCUGACAAAGAAAGUGGAUAAUCCAGAUGGUUCACAUACAAUGAAAACAACUGAAGUUCUGAAAACUUCAGGUUUGUUAGAAGACAAUAAACAAUCAGGAAAAGAACAGUCAAGUUCAUUUUCUGUGAAAGAAUCAAUUGCAGUGGCAGCAGAUGUUCUGAAGUCAACAUAUUUCAAGCAGACAUCAAAAGAAAUUACACAGUUAGAAGUUGAAACUUCAUCACCUACAAAUGUUCAAUGUUCAGAAACAUCACAGUCAACACUUCCAGCUUCUCUCACAUCAGAAGAUAUUAAAGAUUCAGUAGUUCAGAAUGUGACUAAACCAGAAAGGGAUAAAUGUCUUGAACAACCGGGAUUGUUACUACAAAAAGACAGUGGCGUGCCAGAGAAAGAUGAAUCAUCCUCUGUACUUAAAUUACAAGAUGAUUAUAAGGAUAAAAACAGAGUUAGUGAGUCUCUUAAGAAACCAAAGCUGAUACGACACACAACUUCUGGAUCUAACAUAAAUAAGACAAAGUUAACCGUUGAAGAAACCUUUGCAAAAGAAGGCCUAAAGGCGAUUAUAAUUAAACAGCAUGCUGAACAAAGCUCAUUGUCUGAAAAGAAAGUCCAUGAAAAAACGUUUUCUAGCAUUAAAACUAAAAUACUAGCCAACCCAGAUGAUAGUACAACACUUAUCAGUUCCAGUAAUGGUGCAGGAAAUCAGGAAAGUAAUGUACAAAAUAUAUCAGAAGCACACAGAAUGGAAGUAACUGCGGACACAGUUGACCCAUCAAGUAGAAGUGACAAGGAAAGAUGCCAGUUAAAUGUCGGCAGAAAAGAGACAGAAAGGGAACCUGUACAUGGAAUUGUAGCAACCAACAUAGAAACAUCUGAAAUAGGCAUUCCGCAUUCAACAAAUUUUGGAAUCCCUAAAGAAGAAUUUAUUUCUACAGCACAAAUCAGAGAGUCCAAAGAGGAUGUGUUUCGCAAUGAUAAAAUUAAUACAGAUGAUGCAAAUUCUCCAAAUAAUAAAUCAGAACAAAGAGGAGAAUUAGUUACUGUACAAUCUCAAUUCAAAAUAGAAUCUGGAAAGAUAGACACAGAGAAUGUUUCAUGUUCUACCAAUAUAGCAGAAGUCAGUGCAGAGGUCUGUUCUGAACAAACUGAGAAUACUAAUGGAAGUAUGUCUGCCCAAUCAGGAACAUCAUCAGUAAUGCUGAAGAAACCAGCAUUUGGUAUGAAAAGUGUUUUAAUACCUGAAUGUUCAAGAAGCACAGAUAAGAUGACACUAAGACUGGAUACUGAGGCUCUAAAAGUAGAUGAUGAAGUAUUAAAACCAAAAGUAGUUGAAGUGAUACCUGCGGAGGAUAUUAUUUUAGAACAAGAAGCAGAGGCAGAACUAGUUAAAGGUAAUCUCCAAUUGGAAGAGUCAAAGGACAGAUGUGGUCAAGAAGUAAAGUUGGGUAGAUUUUCAGCUGAAAAGAAAUCAGAAAUAUCCAUUAACAUAUCAAAACCCAGUGCAACAAAAACAUUGGACAUAGAAGAAACAAAAUCUUCCUCUGAAUCAAAAUCAGACAAAAAUAUUAAACAAGACAAAAUUAUUCUAAAAAUUACUAAAGAUAUGACAGCAUCAAAAGAAUCAAGUUCAGCUGUGAAAGAAUCACAACCAGAAUCGAAGUCACAGUAUUCUGAAAGUAUUUUGAAGGAGGCUACAGCAAAUACAGUAGCAGGUAGUAAGCCAGAAACUUCUAUAGAAUCCAGAGUACUGUCACCAGACUCAUCAGUAAUUUCUAAAGAACGUGCAAAGGUGGAGAAGUUAACAUUAAAACUUAACAAAGACCCUGUUUCAGAUUCAUUCACCAAAGAUGGAACAAGUUCAAAAUCAUCUUGGACUUCAACAGUUUCAUCAAAUAUAGGACUAUCUGAAACACCCAUCUCACCAAAACAUGAAAAUAUGAACAUGAAAUUAAAAAAGGAUUCUUCUUCUAUGUCAUUUAAAGCUACUUCUAUUGCAGGUAAUACUGAAGUAUUGCCCAGAACAGAAAAUGCAGAUGAAGGAGCCAGAGUUGAAAAACGGACAUUAAAAUUAAAAAGGGAUGUUUCAAAGGUAGAAGAUACUCAAAAAGAAUGUGUAGAGGAACCAAAGUUAGAGAAAAUAACUUUAAAAUUUAAGAAAGACCCUGCUCAUCCAGAUAUUAUAGUUGCAACCACUUCCAUGGUAAUGCCAAAUCCAGGAGAAGUAAUAACAACACGCUCAUCUGGAAUUGAGCAGGUAGAAACUGUAGCCUCAUCUGCAUUGCAGGAUGAAAGCAAACCUCAGAAGAUUACCUUGAAGUUAAAGAAAGAUGGAGCAAAGCAAGAAACAGUUACUGUAUCUUCGGAAGAUGUACCUCAGGACACCUCUGCUAUUCCAGUCCAGUCAGCAGAAAUUAAAUUACCAGAAAUUGAAGAUGUGUCUGCAGAUAAGGUCACUCAAAGAUUAAAGAAGGAUGGAUCUAAGUCAGAGGCACUUGCUCUGCCAUCUAAAGAGAGUAUCAGCCAUGAAACGACUAUUAUUCCAGUCAAGUUGAAAGAUGGAAAAAUCCAAGAAAAGCCUAUUUCACCUCAUUCAAAAUAUAAACCUGCAAUAGAAAAGCUUACUUUAAAAUUAAAGAAAGAUGAUACCACAGCUGCAGCAUCUAAGGAAGAGGGUCAGCCUGAAACUACAGUGACCAGAGUUAAGGCAUCAGAAGUUAAACAGUCCAAUGAAAAUACUUCACUAGGCCGCAGAAUUGAACCUUUGGUUGAGAAAAUAACCUUAAAAUUGAAGAAGGACACUACAAAACCUGAAACAGCCAUUUAUCCAGAAACAAGUGUCACACAGGUAAAGACAGCAGAACAAUUAAAACCUGAAGCAGAUGCUUCUGUAUCACCUAAGGAAGAUCCUCUUGUGGAAAAGAUAACUUUAAAGUUAAAGAAGGAAGGAGCUAAGCCUGAUACUAUUAUGACUUCUAAGAGACCAUCCAGUCAUGAAACUACAGUUACGCCAACUAAGAUUACUGACAUUAAACAGAAGCAGUCAGAAGCAAGUGUUCCAUCAUUAACCACAGAAAGCACAGUAGUAGAAAAAAUAACACUGAAGAUAAAAAAGGAUCCAACAAAACAAGAAGUAAUUCCAGUAACUGCAAAACAGGGACCAACAAAGUUGCCAAAAGGAGGAACUUCAGUUCAACAAGAAGAACCCAAACUUGAAAAGUUAACUUUGAAACUAAAGAAGGAUGCUAUAAAAUCUGUUAUGUGUGGGAAAGAAGUGGAACCAUCAAAACAACCUGAUAUAAUAACUAAAUUGGACUUGGUUGCUAAAGAAGAAAACAAAGUCGAAAAACUUACUCUGAAGCUGAAAAAAGAUUCAGGGAUUUCAGAAAUAAUUACUGGAAAGAAAAUACCAGAGCAAGGAUCAGUCUUAGUAGAUGUUCAGAGCCCAGAAGAGUCAGUUGUAGUUUCAUCAAAAGAAGAAGGGAAAGUAGAAAAGUUAAUGUUAAAACUUAAAAGAACAGACCAUCCUGAAGGAGAUCUGGAAGUAAGUAGUACACAAACAGAAGAAGAGAAAUGUGAGGAUUCAGCAGGUACUUCAAUCACAAACGAAGGAAAAGUUGAAAAAAUUACUUUAAAACUUUGGAAAGAUUUAACAAAAUCUGAAGAAUCAGUUUUUGCAACUCCAAAAGAUACUGGUGAGGCUCAUGGUGCAUCGGAUCAUCUGAUUUCAGGAGAUCAGGAAAUUAAGUUGUCAGACGAAACAUCUUCAGAGGGAGGAAAACCAAAGAAAAUAACACUAACUCUUAAAAAAGAUGCUGCUUGGUCUGUGAAGAGGAAAAUUGGAUCAGACUGUUGUGACAAUUCUGAGCAAACGAGUAGUGACGAAAUUAACAAACUUGCCACUGAAGAUCAAUUUGCUGAAAUUCUUCCAAAACGAGCCAAGAUAGAAGAAAUAGGUGCUUUUGAAAAAUCAGAAAGUUAUGUAACCUCAUCUGUGGAACCUGUUAUUGAAAUAUCGAAAGUUUCUAAGGAACACUUUUCUGAACUGGAGAAAUCUGAAACUAUUAUGGAAGUGAUAAAUAAAUUAGACAUUGAAGAGAAACACCUACAGAGACCUCAGAAGGAUUUCAGGAGACAGUCGCUAGAGAGCAGAAGGCCAGAAGAGGAGUGCCCUGAUAAAAGAAUUAAACUUGAACAUGAACUGAAAAGUGAUUCAAAAUCAGAACAUAAAAUGCCCAAGUCACAAAAUAAAGAAUCUAUUUUUCAACAUGAUCAGGGGGUCAGUUCUCAAAUUUCACAUUCAAAGCUGGAGUAUAAAAGGAUGAAACAAGGAGAAAUAUUUGAGCAAACAGCUGUUGAAGGAAAACUAAGAGAAAUAUUGUCUAAAAUAGGUCCAAGAACAUCUACUAUUAUGAGUGGUGAUUUGUCAAUAAGGUUUGCUCCGAUCAAAACACCAUCCAGUGGAAAGUUAUGUGUAGUGUCUGAUGUGUCUGUAACAAGCUCUCACACUGAAAUGAUGGAAGUAAAUGUAUCCAAUUCAACUGGAUCUGAAGAUGUGCAGUUUUGUAACUCUAAUAUCAUGCAACAAUCAGCAAGCACCAGUAAACAUUGUGGUGAAGCGAUAGGGGAAGGGUCAAGUUCCCAAGAUGUGUUGAUCAUCAAAGAGGAAAACCAGCCCAAUAGUUCAGUACACAUGAGUGCUGAAAAAAUGGUAGAUGUUGGGAUGGUUGUACCAGACUACCAUACAGAAAAUAUUAUUACAGAGAAAUCUCAAGAGGUGAAACCUGCUGAAACUGAAAUUGUGAAGACAGAACCAAAGAAGGGACGUGGACGGCCUAGGAAAACGGCUUUGGUCCCUAGCGUUAUUCCUGUAAUUGAGCCCCCUCCAGAGCAGGUAUUAAGACCUAAAAGAAUGUGCAGAGGAAGAGAAAGGCCACCAGUUGUAGUCAAAGUGAGGAAACCAAGAACAGGAAAAGCUCCUGGCCGUAAGAAAAAGAUUGUGGAAGAAAUAAAACCUGCACCUGAAAUGGAACAUCCAGCCAAAGUUUCUACAUUAUCAGAGAAAUCUUCUGCGUCAACCAAACUUUCUACUUCAGUAGAUACCAUUGAUCAUCUUGUUUCAUUCCCUGUCAUUGAACAACCUGCUCUAGCAGUUAAAAGUAGGCAGGUAUUUCCUGUAAUUCCUGCUGAUCAGUCUAGAUCAAUUACUCCUGCUGAGCUUCAUGUUCCAUCUAGUUUUGAUGAGCCACCUAUAAAGACUCCUUAUGCUCUUGAACAUCCCUCUUCUUCUGAUUCAGUAAAGGCAUCCCCACCAGUAUGCAUUAUAGCUGAGUCAUCUGCUGAAGUGAACUCUUUAACAGCUCCAGCUGAAAUGCUGUCAACGCCUGAAAUUACUCCUAGUCCAUCAUCACCAUGUCAUACCACAAGUGUUAGCACUGUUCAGGUAUUUGAAGAAGAAACAAGAAUGAGUGCAGAAAGUGGCAGCCGCUCACAGACUCCUGCUCACACAUUACCCCCUGCAGGUGGAGCUGAUGGACCAGGUGAAGAAUCACAAGGUAGUGCAAUUAGCACAGCGACAACUGAAAGUGUGAAAAAGAAGGGGCGUGUGGAAAUAGGGGAUGGACAAAGUAGGGAAUUCACAGUGGAGCAAGUGGUCGAGUACCAGUGGCCACUGGAAAAGGGUGGAGAGAGUCUGAUGAUACAGGAGCAGAUCUCAGAAUAUUUAGGAGUAAAAUCUUUCAAGAGGAAGUAUCCUGACUUGAAGCGACGUAUAGUGGAAGCAGAAGAGAAGGCAUACCUAAGAGAGAAAGGUCUUGUUACAGAAUCGUUGUGUGACUUAGGGCUGACAGCAGUAAACAGUUCUGAAAUUCUGGACAUCAUGUAUUCAGAUUUCCAAGAAAAAUAUGAAGAGUAUCGUCGCUUCAUGAGGGAUCGUCAGACCAAGGAUUUUACAACCAAGCCGAAAGGUGUCACAUCUGCCACAAAUGUUGAGAAGAAUAAAUUGGAUUACAAGGAUAAAGCUAUAAGAUCGGCUGCUACAUGGAAUUCGACUUUUAAUCGGUCCCGUAGAGAUCAGCGCCGAUGCUGUUUUGAUCUUCAGAGCUUCACCAUUCAUUAUCCCUACAACAAACGUGUUAAAGCUCUUUCCAAAGAACCAACUAAACCAGGACCAUACCCACUGUCACUCAUCCCUGGCCAGUAUACCGACUACUAUAAGAGCUAUACUCCAACAGAGCUGCGGUACUUUCCACUGAGCACAGUUGUGUAUGGUCCAAUGAAGCCCAACGAAAGGCAAGAACCAGGUGCUUGUUCUGAUCUCAGUCAGUCAGACUCUGAUGAUUCAAGUUCAUUUGAUGACUCAAGUAGCACAUCGAGUGAAGAGACUCAGGACACGGAGGAGACGGGUUCAACAACUGGUGAUGCAGAUCCUGAAAACAGUCAGGAUCAGUCGAACCAAGAAUCUGGAGAUAAGGAUGGUGAUAAGGACCAGACAACUUCUGUCAAGGUGAAGGAGGAGAAGAAGGAUAAGGAUCGUGAAGGAGCAAUUUGUAAAGUAUGCAGUGGAGACCACACCAAGAACAAGGAUGGCCAUCCAGAGGUUCUUAUUCAUUGUGCACAGUGCACAUCCAGUGGUCAUCCAAGCUGUUUGGACCUCACCCUGGACAUGGUCCCUCAUAUCAGACGGUAUGAUUGGCAGUGUACAGACUGCAAGACCUGCAUCCAGUGUAAAGACCCAGCUGAUGAAGAUAAGAUGCUGUUCUGUGACAUGUGUGAUAGAGGGUAUCAUAUAUACUGUGUCGGACUGCGUCGAGUUCCAAGUGGUCGAUGGCAUUGUAAGGAGUGUGCGGUGUGUGGUUCAUGUGGGACACAGGAGCCAGCAGGAAACAAUCCAGACACACCCAAUGCCCAAUGGCAGCAUGAGUACAAGAAAGGCGAAAAAGGAACUCGUGUUUAUGCCCAGACUCUCUGCGUCCCUUGCUCAAAGCUGUGGCGUAAAGGUCGCUACUGUCAACUGUGUUGGCGUUGCUAUGGAAACAAGCCUGAUGAGGAAGAUGGGCUUAUCAACUGCAGUGUCUGCGACAAAUGGAUGCACGCAGAGUGCUGUAGUGCAAUUGGAGGUAGUGAAGUGGAUAGAACAUCAAAUUUCUUGUGUGAGAUUUGCCAGGAGAAAGGACAAGCUAGGUCUCCUGCUAUAAAGAUGACUCCAAGGUCAAUACUGAAAGUAUGAAAGUACACUGGAUAUGCAGCUUGGUGGAGAUGAGUUUGUAAUAAAAAGGACAUCAUUAUUUGUUCAAAUGGCACAUACUUAUAGCUUAGGUGAAGAAGUCAAGAGAUAAUAUACAAUGUCUCAGUAGAAAAUUAGCAAAGAACUGUGUAUUAGUGAAACUUUGCAUUUACAUCAUGUACAGAACCGAGAAGUUUGUGUGUUCUCCAUUUUUUAAUUAAGGUGUUUGGACUGUUACUAGAGUAGUACACUACAUGAAUGUGAGCACUGUCUACAAAUAAAUUACACCAAGAUCUUUUUUAAUGAAGCUUUCUUUUUUUUUAAUGUUGGAGGAUGUGAUUUAUGCCACAACAAUUUGAGCUGAAAUUUUUUCAGCUAAGGAGUUUGAACUAUGACUGUUAUGACCUUUGGCUUAACACUUGCUUCUUGAUAUAUUGAACAGACAUGGUUUAUUGCUAGGUGUCUUCCUGAAACAGAAAGAGCACACUUGAAAAGUUUACCAGUCUCAUAGACCUGUGUCAGUAUAAGUGUGUUUUUUCAUUUGUUUUACACUGUUGCAAGGCUUACAACAAAUGCCUGCACUGAGUCACAAGUUACUUAUCAUUAUGUAAUUUCUCCAAUAAAAAUAGACUGCAAGAACAUGCAAAAUAUAUGGGGUAUUCUUAACAGUCACAACACAACUCAACUCACCAGUAGAAUUGUUGUCACUUAUCAUAAUUGUAUUUUAAUUGUGAUGUAAUUUUGCCAUUUCGAUGGAAGUCUGAAUGAAUAGAACAUCAUUUAUCAAUUAUUGUAUAGCUUAUUACAAAAACUGAUACACAGUUAUUUGCAUUUUUCAAAUAAAUUGGCUAAUAAGAUAUUAAUUGUAAAAUUGAAGUUAAAGCUGAUAUUCUUUUUUUCUAAUUUUGUAAAACUCUGUAUCUUAGCAUCAUACUGUGUUUGUGAAAUAUCUUUAUUUUAGUUUAUCACAGGUGAUGUAUGUUUUAUGAGUUGUUUGUUGGCAGAAGUGCUGUCUGGUGGUAAUAAGUUGAUUUUUCAAAUAUUGGAUUGUUAACAAUAUUGGCAUCAUUCAUAUGAGAGUUUUUAUGUGAAAUAGAGUUGAUAUUCCUAUUAAUUGUAUAGAUUUUUUCCUGUAUUUGCCACUUUUAUAAUUUUCAUGGUUUUGUUUAUGUUGUCAUUUGUAUGUACUGUAUCUUAUGCUUGGUGGGAAUACCCUCCCAUAAAACACAUCAGAAACUCUUGCACACUUCCUGUCCAGCUCCAUACAGAUAACACAUCACUAUACACAUGUGUCAAUUAUAAGUAAACACAAGAUCUGUGGAAACAUUAAUAACCAAUUGUAAUAACUAAUAACUACAUACCUACUAACAAAAAUCAUGAGAAGAUAAAGGAAACAUUAAGAGUUUUAUAAAAUCAAUAAAAAUAAUUAUAAUAUCAAUUAGUUCUAACUAAUAUAUUCAGUUUAGCAAGAGGGACGUGCAGUAUAACACAACAGGCAGAACAACCCGCUACUUCAAAUAUACAUGUGCAUAUAAGGGACUGCACAGUAACGACCAAAAACCAUAAUACAGCAGUUUCCUCAUUUAUAACUAAUUUAAAACACCUUAUGAUGACUUUAUAGGUUGAAACAUGUUUUGAAUAGCUUUUAAUAAGUUAAAAGCGAUACAACAUGUAAAAGUUUUAAAGUUAAUAACUUUUAGUAAGUUUUAUAGGAAAACGUGCUGCACAUGAGACUGUGAAACCAUCUGAUACUAAAUGAAAUGCAGCAAGAUGCUACAAUUAUAAUAUUAUGAGUCUGUGAAACCAUUUGGUAUUAAAUAAUAGAAUUCAAUUCUUAAUUGGAUUCAUCAAGUUGAAGAAUGGAACUUCAAUGAUUCUGGAACAGUUAAAGGACAAUGCAUCUAUGAAUCUAAAGGAGCAAGAUCCAGUGGACACCUGAAGUUAUGCUGAAGGAUCAGCGCAUCUUCUAGGGGAACCUUGAUAUUAAUGAUGAUGAUGAUAUCAGUUUUAAUUUCAAUUUUACAAUUUUUAUUUUACUCAUCAAUUUGUUCAUACAUAAAAUGCAAAUAGUCACCAUUCAUCAUAAACUGUAUAAUACAUGGGAAACUUAAGAUGACUAUUUGGUAGUAAAAAUAUGUUGAUCUAUUUUUUAUUUACAGUGUAAUGGCAAAAUGACAUCAUAAUUAAUAAACGGUUGUGACACAUGACAGCAGUGUCAUUUGCUGGAUGGACCAUGUAUAUUUCAUACAAUGAAACAACAGGAUGCCACAAAGUAGAAAUAUAAAAUAUAUAUCAUUUUCAUUCUUUCAAGUAUUAUGCCUGUUAAAGCCUCCCAGAAAAUCCUUCCAUAGUUUCAAAAGUCUUCCCAAAUUUCUUUCUCAUUCUGGUUGACUUUUAAAAUCUUUUCUGGAACCCAGGCAGUUCAUGUUAUCAAUGCGUUUUUUUUCUGAUUUCUUCUGUAGUCCAUAAAUUAUGUUAUUUGUGGUUAUAACUCUCCAAUUUCUUUUACAGUCUGAAAGAGUGUGUUCCAUAGUACUCCUCAUGAAACACAUUUCUGCGAUAUUAAUCUUCUCUCAUCAAUUCUUUUUUCCUUUAGAGAAAUUUGUAUUCUUGUGUGCCUUAAAAAUUACAAAUGAUUUAAAUAUCUAAUUCAUAAUUCCUAGUAUUUCAACAGGAUUUACAAUUUUUACAUUCAAAUCUAUCUCUCCUUCAGAGGAUGUAUAUAUUUUUUUUUUUUUGCUUUGGUGCUGCAGCCCCAAUUUGGGCCUUGGCCUACC